UCGAAUGACGACUGACUGGUGUGUGUGCCCCCAGUCCUCUUUACUUCUCUCGCUUCUGUUAGUCCUCGCGUUGCCAGAGUCUAUCAGUCGCGUUCGUAUGAGAAAUGGAGCUCGAAGAGCCAACAACGCAGUCAAUUUCUGACUCAGAAAAAAAGGUUAAAGAGAACAACGAUAUAACUGGAAAUCAUAGCGAUGCUCAUAUAAAUGGCAUGUCAAAUGGUUUUGACAAAAAAAGGGAACAUAAAUCUGAACAUAGGGAUAAAGACAAGGAACGAUCUCAUAAAUCAGACCAUAAGGAUAAAGAGAGAAGCAAAGAAAAAGAUAGAAAUCAUAAAAGUGAACACAGAGAUAAAGAAAAAGACAGACAUAAACAUAGUUCCAGUUCUAUUAAAGAAAAAGAUAAACAUGAGAGCAGCAAUAGUAACAAAGACAAGGAUAAGGAUAGGAAAAGUAGCUCAUCAUCAAGUAAGGAUAAAGAUCAUAAAAGCAGCAGUUCCUCAAGUAAAGAUAAAGAGAAAGAUAAAAGCAAGGAUAAAGAACAUCAUCAUAAAUCUAGUUCUAGUUCCAGUUCUAAGGAUAAAGAGCGGCAUCAUAGUAGUUUGAAGGAUAAAGAAAGCAAAGAGAAAGACAAAGACAAAAGCAAGGAUAAGGAUAAAUAUAAGCACAGUUUAAGUUCAAGUUCUGGAGACAAGGAUAAGGAUAAAAGUGUCUCCAAAGAUAAAGAUAAAGAGAGAAAACAUUCAUCAGAGAAGGACAAGGAAAGACAUUCCACAUCUCGUGCAAAUGACAAGGAAAAGCAUCGCUCUUCUGAAAAAGAUAAAGUAAAGCAUAGUGUAUCCAACAAAGAUAAACACCGUCAUGAUAAAGACAAAGAUCGACAUCGUCAUGACAAAGAAAAAUCAAAACAUAGGGAAGAUAAAGAUAAGAAGGAUAAGGAAAAAGAAGAAAUUAAGUUAAAGGAAGAGGUAAUGGAUGUGAAACCUAAUCACAUAAAAAAUGAAGAAUUUCAUUAUGAUGUUGAUCAGAUGUUGAAGCAAGAAUUAAAGGAGGAACCUGUGUCGCAAAUUGAACCUGAGGAUGAUGAUGACAGUGGUGGAGAGCAACCACUAUAUAUUAAGGAAGAAGAGGAUGAAGAAGAACCUGUUAAAGAAGAAGAAGGUAGUAUGGAUUCAUCUGAUGGAAAUGAUACAAGACUUUCAGAUCUCCAUAAUACAACUAUUAAAACUGAAGAAGAAUCAGAUGAAGAUAUGCCAUUAAGUGCAAGAUCAUCCUUGGUCCCCACAAGAGUUAAAAGACGUCUUGGGUCAGAUGAAGAGGAAGAUGUUCCACUUUUUGCACGCAAAAAGUCCAAAAAAAGUGAAACAAAAACAAAGAAAAAGAAACGAAAACAUAAAGAUGACGAUGAUGACGAAGAAACUGAACAAAAACCAAAGAAAAAAAGCGCUAGGGCAUCAAAAGGAGAAAAUUCAAGUCCAAGAAAGAGAAAAAAAGAAGAAGAACAAGAAGUUUGGAAAUGGUGGGAAGAAGAAAAGAAAAACGAUGGAACAAAGUGGACAUUUUUAGAGCAUAAAGGACCAGUAUUUGCACCUCCGUAUGAACCACUUCCACCUGACAUAAAAUUUUAUUAUAAUGGAAAAGAAAUGAAAUUAAGCCAAGAUGCAGAGGAAGUUGCAACUUUCUAUGCACGCAUGUUAGAUCAUGAUUAUACUACAAAACCGGCGUUUAAUACUAAUUUUUUCCAUGAUUGGAGGGAAGUAAUGACUGAAUCAGAAAGGACUAAAAUAGUUGAUUUAAGUAAAUGUAAUUUUAAAGAAAUGCAUGCAUAUUUUCUUCAAAAAAGUGAAGAGCGAAAAGCAAUGACGAAAGAAGAGAAACAAAAGAUAAAGGAAACAAAUGAAGAAAUUCAAAAAGAAUAUGGUUUUUGUACCAUUGAUGGACACAAAGAAAAAAUAGGUAAUUUCAAAAUUGAACCUCCUGGUUUAUUUAGAGGUCGUGGUGAGCACCCUAAAAUGGGUAAAUUAAAAAGAAGAGUUAUGCCUGAAGAUAUUCUUAUCAAUUGUUCCAAUGACUCUAACAUACCAAAGCCACCACCAGGCCAUAAGUGGAAAGAAAUUCGGCACGACCCUAGUGUUACUUGGCUUGCAUCAUGGACAGAAAAUAUUCAAGGACAAGUGAAAUAUGUUAUGCUUAAUCCAUCAAGUAAACUUAAAGGAGAAAAAGAUUGGCAAAAGUAUGAGACUGCUAGAAAAUUAGCACAAUCAAUAGAUAAAAUUCGUGCUGAAUAUAGAGAAGAUUGGAAAAGUAAGGAAAUGCGUAUAAGACAAAGAGCUGUUGCGUUAUAUUUUAUAGAUAAAUUAGCUCUCAGAGCUGGUAAUGAAAAGGAUGAAGAUCAAGCAGAUACCGUAGGUUGUUGCUCUUUGCGAGUAGAACACAUUACAUUGCAUGAGCAAAAAGAUGGAAAGGAGUAUGUAGUUGUAUUUGAUUUCUUAGGUAAAGAUUCUAUAAGGUAUUAUAAUGAAGUGCCAGUAGAAAAAAGAGUAUUCAAAAAUUUACAACUUUUUAUGGAAAAUAAAUCACCAAGUGAUGAUCUAUUUGAUCGUCUUAAUACAACUGUUAUGAAUAAACAUUUAAAUGAAUUAAUGGAAGGUCUUACUGCUAAAGUAUUCAGAACAUAUAAUGCUUCGUGGACAUUACAGCAACAAUUAGAUAAAAUAACAAAUCCUGAUGAGUCAGAAGCAGAAAAAAUUUUAACAUAUAAUAGAGCAAAUCGAGCUGUUGCAAUACUAUGUAAUCACCAACGUUCAGUGCCUAAAACACAUGCGAAAUCUAUGGAAAAUCUAAAAGCAAAAAUAGAGGCUAAAAAGCAAGCUAUAAAUGAUGCAGAACUUGCUGUAAAGGAUGCUAAGCAAGACGCAAAACAUGGAUCUGUUAAAGAAAAAAAGAAGAAGACACUUGACAAAUUAAAGGAACAGCUGACGAAGCUUGAAGUUCAAGCAACAGAUAAGGAGGAAAAUAAAGAAAUCGCAUUAGGCACCUCCAAACUGAAUUAUCUAGAUCCUAGAAUUACUGUGGCAUGGUGUAAGAAGAAUAACGUCUCUAUCGACAAGAUAUAUAAUAAAACCCAAAGGGAUAAAUUUAGAUGGGCAAUAGACAUGGCAGGACCUGACUAUGUAUUUUAACACCGUGGAAGAUUGAUUAUUACAAAGAAUAACUCCCACUGAUUGUAUUUAGUGAAUUUUUCGUUGAAAUAAUUGGGAGAAAAGUAAUGGUAUAAUUUUCUAUAUUUACAAAAGAUAAAUGUGAGAAUGCGGAGACAUAUUUUAUAUAGAACACUGCGUUAAAUUUCGGUACAGACUUUAUAUUCAGUAUGUAAUCGACACAUGUAGUUUCGAAUUGAUCGCUUAGCAAACAUUGCGUGA